AUGAAGAAGCCGUGGAUGCUGAUGUACCAAGCCCCGAGUUCGGGGUUGGCAAAAACCCUAGCUGCUCCCCAAAUCUCCUGGAUAUACAGGGAGUGUCCCCUGCAGCCAACCGUGCCAGAGCUGGUCGGGUCAAGUCCAAUUGACUUGACUUCAGGUGGGCAUAGCAGCACUGCUGAAGGACCAAAUCCCAAAUUUUCCUGGGAGAAAUCUGCCCAACCCACCCCCUCCCACGGCUUCUUGUUGCGCUCUUGCUCUAAAAAGUCAGAACCCAAGGCUGCAAAGAGGAACCACCCUGGAUCCUCGCCUGGGCCUUCUGGUACCUUCCCUCAGCCUCAGGAGGAGGAAAACCAGGACACCUCACACCUGGCUGGGAAUAAAGCCCCUGACUCUGGGGAAGAUGAAAGGCUGGAACCCUCUGGGAUGUCUUCCAGAAGAGUUUCCUCAGAGAGCCUCCCUACACUCUCACCUCUGGCAGAUGAAGAGGAGGAAAAUGUCCCAAGUGUUCUGCCCCAUUGAGGACCCAAAUUCUUUGAGGAAAGGAUGUUGGUGUGGUGCAAGUUGCGGCGGUGUCCAUACUGGCCAGCUGUGGUGAAAGCAGUGAAGAAGAAGCACUGGAGGGCCUGUGUGCUCUUCAUAGAUGGCACCGCAAAUGAUAAGAAAAAAGAUUUCUCAGUGUCUAAGAGCCUGAAGCACUUUGACUGUGAGGAGAAGCAGGAGAUCAUAGAAUGGGCCAAGGAGAACUAUUCCAGGGAAACCAAGUGGUGCCUCCAGCUGAUCCUGGACUAUCGGAUCUGACUGGGCUGUCAUUCUUUCACCAGGUCCUUCCUGGAGUAUUUUGCUGCUGAUGUCAGCUACCCAGUGAGGAAGGAGGGAUACCAGAGUGUGGUGCAGAUGGCAUUCCCAAACACAAAGGAGGAAGGUGAUGGACAGUCUUCCUCAGACAUCCCUCAGAAACCCACCAGGAGGCUUCUUCCUGACAGGAUCAGAGCUGCCAGGGAUAGGGAGAACAGGAAGCUGGUGGAGUUCAUAGUGAAGACCAAAGGGGCUGAAGAGCAUCUCCUGGGGAUCUUGAAAAGUGGGAAACAAUCCCACUGGCUGAAGAAAUUCCUGAGUUCCAGCUGGUACAUGACCUGUGUGGAGGCUUAUUUGGAGGAUGAAGAACAGCUGGACCUGGUGCUUGGGUUCCUGAAGGAGGUGUACAAGGAGGUGGACACCAAGAACGUACACCAGAUCCUGGGGGAUGGCAUCAGAUUCAUCUCAAAUGCGCUUUUACCUAAAGCUAUCAUCUGUGCCGUUGCUGCUGUGGAUGACAUUGAUUAUGAGAAGGCAAAAGAGCAGUAUAUUAAAGGACUACCUGUGAGCAAAAAAGAGCUGCUUGAGGAGCAAGUCCUGGGAAGAAAAAAGCUCAAGAUGGGGCCGGAGCCAGCAGAAAGCAACAUCAUUUAA